AUGGGAGCCUGGAGGCAGCCGGGAAAUUUGUCUUCAAUGAUUCAUGCUGUUGUUCUCUGCCUUGUAGCUACCACUGCGAUAUAUCAUCCGCCAUACUAUUACAAAUCACCACCACCUCUUACAAAACAAGUGAAGUAUCCAUCAUACGAGUAUAAAUUACCACCUCCACAUAAAAAGGUAUAUUAUCCACCAUAUUACUACAAGUCCCCACCUCCGCCAUCUUCCUCACCACCACCUCCAUACUAUUAUACUUCACCGCCUCCUCGGAAGAAAUAUCCAUCUCCUUCACCACUACUUCCAUACCAUUACCAUUCACCUCCUCCUCCAAAGAAAUCCACACAUCCUACAUACUAUUACAAUUCUCCGCCACCACCUUACUAUUAUAACUCUCCGCCUCCACCAUCUUCAUCACCACCACCUCUAUACUACUAUGCUUCCCCCCCUCCUCCAAAGAAAUCUCUAUCCCCUCCAUACCACUAUCAGUCUCCAUCUCCACUAUCUCCUUCACCUCCACCUCCAUACUACUAUGCAUCUCCUUCUCCUACUCCUAAAAAGUCUCCAUCCCCUCUAUCCUACUAUAAGUCGCCACCUCCUCCCUCACUCUCACCUCCUCUUUCCUACUAUUACCAAUCUCUACCACCUCCAAAUUAUUUCUCUCCUCCUCCAUACUAUUAA